AUGUUUCCGCAGAUGGCCCAACGAGGCAUCUUGCGAGUCGUAACCUAGAUAUUAACCAUUGUUGGUGUCGAAUUACUAUUUUUCGAAAGAUACCGUAGGACGACGCCUAAUAGUUGCAUUUGGUGAAAGGAGCAGUGGUGAGCAGCUUCCAGCAUCUGGCUUAGAAGCGAAUGUCAUCGCUGUUGAUAUGACAAGUACACAAUUCCCUGUUUACUUGUCUUCUGUUCGGCACCCGAGAAAAUAGACUACUUCGUUUUAUUACGGAGGACUCCUAUGGAAUUCGGAAUAACAUGCAGGUAGCCGAAUUAUCCCUGGAUAGUGGAUCUCGCCGCAUCUAGCAUGGCAGUGCUCAGGCUGCUUGGACAAAGGACGUUUGGCCUUGGUCCACCGUCCUCGUGUGUCUUCCUUUGUUUAAAUUAGUCCAAAGAAUGGACCCAUGGUAAGUAUAAAUAUUGAGCUUCCAAUUCCGUGUUCCUCUAAAUUUCUGCAUCACACAUCUUACAUCCUACACAUCUCCUUUGUCUUCUCAUACAAUGGCGAACUUGCCUCCCAAUCAUUCUAGUACCCUUCUACCAGUUACACGACAGUAUGGGCCUCAGACUGUCACAAGACCUAACUCAAACAGCACGGGAAUGCAAUAUUCUACGCAGACCAACCCUAUUUAUCGUUACGAUUGCGGAGUGGAUGGUUGUAAUUUCAUAUCGAAUACUCAUGCGGAUGCUCUGUUACAUCUAACCUUGCAUAGGAACUCUAAGACACAGAUAAACGCGAAUAAUUAUUAUCCAUCUGGCCAACAGAGACGCGACGGCGAGUUAUCAGCCUCUGACCCUAGAUUUGUCGCACCCACAUCACAGACCAAUGGGCGGGCUCCGAUGAGUUCAGAGUCAUAUGCACGGGGGGUUCCGCACCACGCUAUGUCCCAAUCUUGGCAAGUAGCUCCAGUUCCUGCCUUUGGCCAUGCAUCCGGAACACCAGCUUUCUCGUCGCAAGAAGACAAACAUAGACAGCACUCCAACAUGAUCGUUGACAAUCCUACCGGAGGGCCUGCUCAGCCACCGCAUAUGGUUACUACUGGAUCAGUCAAUUUCAACUCAAUGGGCGACAGCCAUGGCGCUUCACGCGCACCAGUACCAGGACACCGUCUUCCCAGUUACCAGACAACAAUUCAAGAUCAUCAGGCCAUUGGACCUAAGUCAUCUCUGUUAGAGCUAGGCACCGCCAAUCAGCGUGGACAGCAUUCCGACGACAUGGUUGUUGACAGCCCUAUCAAUGGAUCCGCUGGACCAGUGUCUGCGACUGCUAUCCGGCCACCUAAUCCAAACGUGUUUGAUCCCACCUACGACUAUCUGGCUGGUCCAGGACUUCUUCCGGGUUGCGACGUGGGCUUUGGACAUCCGGAAUGGAUCGUGCCCAAGUCAUCCCCGGCAGAGCUAGGAGCCCUCAAAAUGGAUUACUCCUCAUAUGAUGAAUGGCUGCGUCGUGCGAGAGGACUUGUUUAUAUCCAAAAUGACCCAUACGUGAGCUCUUCCAAAGCUUCAUCUAGUAAAGAUCGCCGUGUUUAGUAGUUGGUUGCGAGAAUAAUGUACAUAGAUCUGU